AUGAUUAAAUGUAUAGUCUCUCCUUCAGGAACCUCAAUGAUACAGGUUGAUUUCAAUCAGUUUAACUCACCCAGACCAGACACUUGUACAAAUUUUCAAAUUGAUUUGAAAAAGGCAAGUGGAGAAGAAAGAGCUAAAUUGAAAAAGGAAAUUAAAGCAUACAUGAAGAUCAAUUAUACCAUAGUAGUUAGAAGCGAUCUAGAAUAUAUAAAUAUAUUUCACUUCAUCUCAUCAUCAUCAUCAUCGUCAUAUACCAAUCUUCAUUCACAUCGUACAUACAACGAGAAAUAG